AUGGAAUUGGGUGUUAAAGAAAAUAGGGUUGCAGUGAAUGCUGCCUUGCACAAAGUAGGUAUGGAGCCGUCGAUCAUAUUCCAGACACUUCAAAAGCUUGGUAUCAGCCGUAUGUUCGUAUAUCGUACAAACAACAGAUACAGCAUCACUUCGUCUGUCGAAGACCAGAAAAGAUCGGGGCGGCCGCGUGUUGUUAGAACUACAAAGGCUGUUAAUGCUGUUAAAGCCAGAAUUCGUCGAAACCCCAUUAAGAAGCAAAAAAUCUUAUCGCGAGAAAUGAAGAUUCCCGCUAGGCUCUGUCGCAGAGUGGAUCGAUCAAAACGCCUUCUGUCACGAUACGCAGUUGAAAGGCACAGAAAUAUUCUCUUUACCGAUGUAAAAAUUUUCAUGAUUGAAGAACACUACAAUAAGCAAAAUGAUACAGUGUACGCUGACAGUUCUAAAGAAGCUGCUCAAGUUGUCGGAAAGCGGGACUCUCCAACUGGUCACAAGGCACGAACUACCCAAGUCUGGCUUAAAACCAACGUUCUGGACUUUAUAAGAGUUGGAGACUGGCCCUCAUCUAGGCCAGACCUCAACCCUUUAGACUUCACAUUAUGGUCGGUUUAA